AUGGGUUGGCCGGUCUGCAAUACCACGGAGGAGGAUGAGACCAUCCAUGAGAUUGACUUAUGGGAUAAUGGACUUACUUUUCACGAACUCUGUGUUAUUGUGGUUGGCGUCUUCGCCAUCAUCGCCGGCCUUAUAUCUUUCUACCUUAUUAUGCGACAUGCCACCCAUUACAGCAAACCCGUCGAACAACGGCAUAUCAUCCGGAUCCUGCUCAUGAUACCAAUCUAUGCCCUCGUCUCCUGGCUCAGCACCUACUACUACAAACAUGCCGUCUACUACAGUGUACUGGGCGACUGCUACGAAGCGUUCACAAUCUCGGCUUUCUUUGCGCUGCUCUGCCAUUAUAUCGCGCCCGAUCUGCACAGCCAGAAAGAUUACUUCCGCGGGAUACAACCGAAAAACUGGGUUUGGCCUCUAACUUGGCUUCAGAAAUGCUCGGGUGGGAAGAACGGGAUAUGGAGGGUUCCGCGGAGUGGUUUGACGUGGUUUAAUGUCAUUUGGGUUGGCGUCUUUCAGUACUGUUUUCUUCGCGUACUGAUGACCAUUGUGGCAGUCAUCACGCAAAAGUUUGAUUUAUAUUGCGAGUCGUCCCUCAAUCCGGCUUUCUCUCAUAUCUGGGUGCUGGCCAUUGAGUGUGUUGCCGUUACUAUUGCAAUGUACUGUCUCAUCCAAUUUUACAUACAGAUCAAGGACGAAAUCAGCGAGCACAAGCCUUUCUUGAAGGUUGCGUCGAUCAAACUCGUCAUCUUCCUGUCAUUUUGGCAAUCGAGUUUGAUAUCGUUCUUAUACUCCGCUGGCGUUAUCAAAUCGUCGAAAAAAAUCGCAGCCCCUGAUCUCAAGGUCGUGCUUGCCGAACUAAUCAUCAGCGUUGAAAUGGCCCUCUUCGCCGUACUGCAUCUUUGGUCAUUUCCGUGGAAACCGUACGCAAUCGGAUUCCAAAGAGAUGAGGUCACCGACAUGUACGGCAAUGGGAAGCGCACCUAUCAAGGCGGACGCUGGGGAAUGGGCGCUCUUCUAGACGCUCUCAAUCCUCUUGACCUCCUCAAAGCUGUGGGUCGCAGUAUGCGCUGGUUGUUCGUUGGUCGAAAGAAGAGAAUGUUGGAUCCCAGCUACCAGCUUUCAACCGAGCCUGCCGGCCUCGACCAAGCGGGAAGCACACAACGUCUAGCUGAUACCAGCUACGGGGGCUCUGGUGCUUUAAAGGCCGACGCUGCUUCAAACCGCUACGGACAUCAAGCAGAUGAAGAAGGAGAGGUGCUCCUGUCCCACGCCCAGCAAAACCCAUCCACUAGCGACCUAGGAGACGUAGGAUCGGCACCUCCACAUUACUAUCAGGACGACCGUAAUCAGCACUAUCAUGCCAACACCAGAUCAGAUCACGAUUACCUGGUAGAAUCAGACCUACACUCGCACUCUUCUCGCCCGAUAUCCCCAUUCGAAGAGGUACAUUACAUCCCAUCUAGGUCUCCCUCGGAUUCAGACGGCAGCUAUUAUCCUCCUCAAUCUGGCCGUCAAAAUGAUCACGCCCGCUUCCCCUCAUCCACUGAACUUCAAGAGCAACCUCCAAUCCCGCUACCGGAAUCUUAUCAACCCCCACAUACAAGAUACGACCCUCAUGGACGUCGUUAAGCAAUACUUAAAGUCGCUGGCGUGCUUGUCUUAUUAUUGCAUUUCUUUGUUUACGUGCCAUUUCUCUAAAGCUCUGUUUCAAUGUUGAUGUUACUAGA